AUGCUGACACUCAAAUUUUCUACUUCACUUUUCGGAGCAGUGCUGAUUUUCUACAUAUUACUUUUUAUAAAAGUCGAGCUGUUAUAUGCACAAGUUAAGUCAAAGUCGAGCUGUGAUAGUACAAAAAAUGCCACGAAAACUGCAACAACUUCCACUACAACAGCUGCGACCGCUGCUGCUCCAAGUGCUCCAGCACCCGUGGAAAGUCCAGGAACAAGUAUAACUGCUGAAGUGGUUAUAGUGAUAGGUGGAUCAGGAACGGGAAUACCAACUCUAGGCACGACAGCCACAACGAAAAAGUUACCUCCAGGUUUGACACCAACACCUUUAAUCGUAACUAAGAAACCAACUGUCAAGGCAACGCCACCAACGAAAAAACCGUCUAUAAUCAAGAAACCAUCACCGACCACAACCGAUCACAAAACCACCUCCGACCAUGAGACCACCACCGAUUACAAAACCACCUGUAACCAAGAGACCACCAACGAUUACAAAACCACCUCCAACCAAAAGACCACUACCGGUUACAAAACCACCAUCGAUUACAAGACCACCACCGAUUACAAAACCACCUGUAACCAAGAGACCACCACCGAUUACAAAGCCACCUGUAACCAAGAGACCACCAACGAUUACAAAACCACCUCCAACCAAAAGACCACUACCGAUUACAAGACCACCACCGAUUACAAGACCACCUCCGAUUACAAAACCACCGCCGACCAAGAGACCACCACCGAUAACGAAACCACCUCCGACCAAAAGACCACUACCGAUUACAAGACCACCACCGAUUACCAGACCACCUCUGAUUACAAAACCACCGCCGACCAAGAGACCGAUUCUAAUAAGAUGGCCACUGCCAAUUAA